UAUUUGCUUCUAAUCCUAGAAUUAGCCAUGCUGGCAAUUCAUGUCUAGUGAUUUUUAUAUUUAUUUUUAUUUUUAUUAUGUUUCAUAAGAAGAAAGGAUAUUUGUAGUGAUAUCCUAUGCUUAUUUGCUAUUGUAUUGUUAUUUGAUAUUUAAAAAAAAAAAAGAUAAUUUGACUGCGUGUGAACAGGGGCGAAAUGAACGUAAAGGCUACACACAAAGAUUUGUUCGUUUGUUUCAGUUAACGAUUUUAUUCAUUUCCACCGACCAAAGAGCUCCAGGAGUUAUACUGAACCAAAUGGCUCGCGUUGUUUGUUAGCAAGCGAAUUGUGAGCAGCAAAUCAUUGUUCCUCGAUAGCUGUUGAGCUAGCCAGUCUGCUAACGUUUCGCAUUUGUGUUAGCUACAGACAGAAGCAAUGCCGAGGUAAUUGUCAUCAAUGCAUUCGACGCCUAGCGUUUUGUGACACUGUCAGUCUCCCCACCAUGAAACUGGUUCGCCUCCUGUGUCGUCACAAGACGGCUCUGGCAAUUGCAGGAGUCUGCCUAUUUGCUGUAGUCGUCCUCUUCCUCGCCAAGUGUACCUCCGAGACCCUGAAACAGGGCCAGGUUGACCCUCCAGGCCUAGCACCCCACGCUGCCCACUCCCGGGCCAGAGCAGAGCACCCCAAGCCCCCCUCACGCCCCAAAGACCUCUCAGCCUUCCUUGUGGUCCUCAUCACCACAGGACCCAAGUACACAGAGCGGCGGAGCAUUAUCCGCAGCACAUGGCUGACUAAGAAGGACCCGGAGGUUCUAGCUAUGUUUGUGGUGGGAACAGAGGGUCUACCGGCCGAGGAUAUGGAGAACCUCAACACAGAGCAGGGCCGACACAAAGACCUGCUCUUACUCCCCGAGCUGCGGGACUCGUAUGAGAACCUGACCCUGAAGCUGCUGCACAUGUACUCCUGGCUGGAUCACAAUGUAGACUUUAAGUUUGUUUUAAAAGCAGAUGACGACACCUUCGCUCGCCUGGACCUGCUGAAGGAGGAGCUGAAGACUAAAGAACCCAGCCGGCUGUACUGGGGGUUCUUCUCAGGCUGCGGUCGUGUCAAAACUGCAGAGAAGUGGAGGGAGUCGGCUUGGGAGCUGUGUGACUACUACCUACCCUACGCCCUGGGUGGAGGCUAUCUGCUCUCCUGCGACCUAAUCCACUACGUGCGCAUCAACGCUGCCUUCCUCAAGGUGUGGCAGAGCGAGGACGUGUCACUCGGGGCUUGGCUGGCCCCCGUGGACGUCAAACGGACGCACGACCCACGCUUCGACACAGAGUUCAAGUCAAGGGGCUGUAGUAAUAAGUACCUGGUGACCCACAAGCAGAGCCUGGAGGAUAUGUUAGAGAAACAGCAGACACUGCAGAGAGAUGGGAGGUUGUGUAAAGAAGAGGUUAAACUCAGACUGAGUUAUGUAUACGACUGGAGCGUCCCGCCAUCCCAGUGCUGCCAGAGGAAGGAUGGAGUACCCUGAUAACCCCUGACCCUGUCCAUCCUCACCAAUAUUUCCCCAGGCAGUAUGGUGUUCUCCCUCAGCCUUGCUCUGCCGUCGUCCCCCACCUCCCCUCUUGUUCUGUUGCCCGUCCUCAACUAAAACAUUUGUUGCCUUCAGUUUACAUCCAUAGAAGGUGUCUGUUAUGGCAGCCCGCCUAUGAAAAGACCUGAGGAAAACAAUGUUCCCUUUUUAUAUGUUUACUUGUUUAUUUAUUCUGGAGCCCUCACGGACUAAAAUGAAGCAAACUGGUACCACAGAAUAGGACAGGAGUCAAUGUAUUUAUUAUUAACAGCAUGUUGGGAGUGAGUGUACUUAAAGGAACUGGUAUUCACCUUACUGGUAGGACAAUAAAGAGACCCAAGUUUGUUUAUUUUUACAUAUCCAUAAUCAACGUUUCAGUGAAAGUGCCGAUUUUAGCCAUUUUUAGCUCAUUUUCCACCGCAGUCCCUGGGCAGGUUAUUCAAAACAAUAACAAUACAGACAAUCAUUGAGCAGUAAACACACGCAGAGCAACAUAGGACAAGCAACACGUAGCAUGCAGAGAGAGCAAUAGCACAAAAAGCAACAAAAUACAUAAUAGCAACAAAGUGUUUUCACACCUCAAAAGCUACAAAUAACAUGGAAAGCAGCCAUACACAGCUAGUGAUUAUGUUCACAAGUGUGAUUGGCCUUGAGCAAUGUCUUCAUGUUUUUUGUGAAGUUGCGAUAGGUGCAGUUGUGUGUGUCUGAUGACACACACAACUGCACCUAUCGCAACUUCACAAAAAACAUGAAGACAUUGCUCAAGGUGUAUUCCAGACAUGGGAAGCUCUCACAGAAAAAGCAGAUUGACGAAAGGUGUUUUUCCUUCAACUGUAGUCACCUCUCAUGGCAGACCUUGUGGAUCUGCUGCCAUGGGUUUGGGUUUUUUGAAUUAACAGAAGUCCUGAGUGGAGGGGGAGCCAGGCCAUUUAGGAUCUUGCACAAGAUUUUUCCAACUCAGGAGCUCAUGCUUUCUGAGGAUGUGACAGUGAUGAUGGCUAUUGUGCUUCCUAUGAAGCACUUUGAGAGGCUGUUUGUAGAUAGACAAUGGGUUUUAAUGUUGUACAGCAAGCUUGGGCCCAACUAGUCAAGCAGUAUGUUAAGUGGGGGAGUAUCAUAGUACAGUUUUGCUACCUCAGUAGUCACAAUUUUAUAUGAAUCGGAAAAUAGCUAGGUUGAGUUACCUUUUUCACUUGCUUUUUAAAAGAGUUUGGAAUCAAGUAUGAUGCCAAUGUACUUAAAAUCAGACACCACUUGGAGCUUCUCCCCUGACACAUAGACAUCUGGUUCAGUAGCAUCAGUUGCCCUCUUUGUGAAGAACAUGCAGACUGUUUUUUUUCUUCACAUUGAGAUGCAAACAUGAGUCACUGAGCCACUUUGUAACCUGGACCAUUACAAUAGUGAGUUCUUGUGCAGCUUGGUUGCUCUUUGCAGGCACAUAUCACUAUAUCAUCUGCAUACAUUUGAACUUCAGAUCAAGUACAGACAGAAGGCAGAUAAUUAAUGUACAGGCUGAAUUAGAAGGAGCCCCAGUAUUGAACCUUGGGGCACGCCCACAUCAUAGUGGGCGACAGCUCAUUGCUAACUGACACACUUCAUUCUGUCUUCAAGGUAUAAUUUCAUCCACCUCAUUCUUGUCUAUAUUUACAAAUUCCUGGGUCUGUCUUUGAGUGAAAGUGGACCUAUUGGUGAAUGUGAUGAAAGUGAUUAUAUUGAUAUGAAUAUGGUGCUUAUUACCUAUUGAUGAGGAACAAUGGCCCAGAAUUAUACAUUCAGAGCUUGAUGGUGUUUGGAGUUGUAUUGAGGUUAAAAAUGUAUAAUGUUGGCCUCUCUCUUCUCCCCUGAUUAUUGAGAGCCUGUUCUGUUCUGCUGGGAGAUUUAACCCACCCGCUGUCUGUGUUUGGUAGACGUAUUUGCAAAGCCCAGUGAUGCCCAACAGAGCUGUGUGUGUUUUCAGCUGAGCUUCUGUAUUGGCAAUUUUCCAGCUGGCAUUACUUUUCAACAAACGAAAAAAAUAACUGCUUCCAUUAAAGAUGUUGAAAGACAUUCUAUGACUGUCCUCUCCUCAUUGUUUGUUUAAAACAUUUUGACCUAUUGAGCAUUUCAUUGAAAUGCUUUUGAAAAGUGUAUUUUUGUAAUAAAAUCUUUAUUAAGCAGUUAUUUGUUGGAAUAAAAUGCCAUCUACCUUUGUUACUAAGACAAAAGCCAGCAGACUUAGAGCUGUUUUGGCACAGUUUUCCAGAACUGAGAUGGUACUCAUAUCAAUAUGUAUACACCUAUACUUAUUGGUACUGUAUAACUGUAAUUUAGGAAUAAAUAGUAUUAUUCCACUACUGUAAGCUAUAUAACAACAUUGUCUCAGCGGGCCUAAUAUGACAGUUAAAUCUGGUCUCCCAUUACAACCUGGUCGUGUUGACUGUUAACUGUUUCCACCAUCUGUGACUGAGCAUCAACUCGCACUGGUGGUCACGGUGUAGAGGAGAUUCCAGGACGGGAUUGGUCGGAUUCCAGGAUGGAUGAGGUCAUGGAUAAUGUCAUCGUGGCCCUUGACAGACAGAGACGAACAAAUGGGCCUUUCGACAGACGUAGCUCCCUGACAGAGGAAGAGGAGAUUGUUACAUUUUUAAUAGGGCUGUCAAACGAUAAAUGCAAUCGGAUUAAUCGCAGGAUUUGCUGUUAUUAAUCCCGAUUUAUUGCAAAUUCAGAAUUUGCUUAAAAGUAAGCUGUAAUUUAAGAUUGAAAAUCAUUACAAUCAUUUUCGUCUUGAUUUGGUCCAAAAUCAGGUACAUUGAUAAAGCACACUUUAUUUAACCUCAACUGUUUUUAGCUCUAAAUGAUGUUUAGUGUAUUUAAAAUGCUUUCAGACAAUACGAUUAUUCACGGCAAAACAAUAUGUUGCACUACAAUUACAUAAAAGGUUAACUCAAGUUGACUGGUUAACUCUGACAGCCCUAUUUUUUGUUAACCAUAAUUGCCUUAGUAUUUACUGAAGAUUACAAAGUAAAUGGUUAUUAUGUAGUAAUUGCUGGGGAAAGGAAUAGGACACUUCAUUGAGGUAUUGUAUGAGUCAUCUUUAAGGUAAUAAAUUAUUGUUUCCCAUUACUAUUCAUGCUCUUUGGCAAGAUGAAAUGUUAUUGCCAACAAAAUGCACAAUAAAGAACUCACCUCUC